UAUCGUGGUAGAUUCUCGUGGUAAUGAACAUUGCGUUCGCGCAUUGUUAGACAGCGCUUCUCAAAGCAAUUUUAUUACUCGCUCUUGUUGUCAAAUUCUAGGUUUAAACACAAACAUAAGACCCGCUUGUUCAGUGGUUAAGGGGAUAGGAGGUUCGAGUAAAGCCAUUCAAGGUUCCGUAAAACUUAAAUUUCAUUCUCGUUUCGAUCGCAACAUUUUUUAUAAUAUUGAUUCGUUGGUUGUAGAUAAAAUAACAGAACGGCUACCGACCGCAACAGUCGAUCCUUCGUUAUUGUCGAAUUUUAAAGAUCUUCCGCUAGCAGACGAUACCUACUAUUGCUCGGGCCCGAUUCAAAUGUUGAUCGGUGCCUCUAUUUUUCCGCAUCUUCUUUUAUCGAAUAAGGUUCAAGGACAACCUCCGCAUGUCUCACCGCUCGCGUUAGAAACGGUCCUCGGCUACGUCAUUGUUGGUGACGCUCCGGUCCGCGUAGAUAGUCACGAGUCCGUUUCGUAUUGCUGCACCGCAGAUCCAUUAGACUCCGUUAUACGGAAAUUCUGGGAGCUGGAAGAAGUCGACGCCCCUCCAGUACUUAGUCCCGAUGAUAAAUUUUGUGAGGAUUUUUACUCGAGUACUACCUCGCGAGCUAGUGACGGUCGUUACGUGGUAGCUUUGCCUUUCAAGGUUGACGUCAGCUGUCUCGGUAACUCGCGUCAGGCAAGUGAGCGACGGUUUUAUUGCCUAGAGAGAAAGAUGCAGGCUUCUCCACAAUUAAAAAUCGCAUAUGACAAUGUAAUCCGAGAAUACUUAGAAAAGGAUUAUAUUUCGCCUAUAAAUUGUAAUUCUUCACAAAGUUCGUAUUUUAUUCCGCAUCACGGUGUGAUCCGAGAAGAUAAGGUCACAACGAAGUUACGUGUAGUUCUCGAUGGUAGUUGUAAAACCAGCACUGGUUUUUCUCUUAAUGACCUAUUAUAUAGAGGUGAAAAUCUUCAAGGUAGUUUAUUUAACAUAAUUAAUAAUUUUCGUUUAUUUUCGAUCGCUCUUUCCGCUGAUAUUCGUCAGAUGUUUCUAAGCAUCGGCAUAAGAGAAUCUGACAGGCGUUUUCAACGCAUUUUGUAUCGUUUUUCCCCGCAACAACCUUUACAGGUUUAUGAAUUUAAUCGUGUAGUAUUCGGUCUCAAAUCUAGCCCCUUUCACGCGCUGCGUACUAUUAAGCAGCUGGCGGCCGACGAAGGCGCUUCGUUCCCUCAGGCUAGGGAAGUCAUCGAUACAAGCCUAUAUAUAGAUGACUUCGUUUACUCGGUCCCAUCUGAAGAACUGGGAAUUUCUACCGCUUCGGAGUUGAUAAGUCUCAUGAAAGCGGGACAAUUUGAAUUGGUCAAAUGGUCCAGUAAUUCACAAGUGGUUUUAGAUUCGAUUCCGCCAUCGCACCGUCUACCGGAAGUAAAAGAAUUUGACGAGUCAGAUCAACAUAAGAUACUCGCUUCACCUAAAAGAUUGGAAAAGAUUAGAGAAAUGUUCGUAGAGAGUCCUGAGAAAUUCGAAAAUUGUAAUACAACACAAAAUUUACUCAUGGAUUUGGAUCAAACUACUGAAUGUGGUGUUCAAGAGAUCGAACAUUUUGCUGAAAUUCAUCAAAAUUCUCAGGACAAUUCACAAUCAUCUAGAAUAUUGCGUUCUCAGAAAAAACAAACGCCAACUAAAAAGGUUGUUGUCAAUGAAAGACAUAGCUACGAUGGGAAUAUUCGAUGUAUUUUGGAGAAAUUGGAUACAACGCUCGUAGAAAUACAUCAUAAUACUGAUAGAAGAUUCAUCAAGACAUUUGUGGAGACACAGAAGAGGUUCAGUGAGUUGAAGAGGGUACACCACGAGGUGUACGAGGAGACGCUGAGGGAUCUCAAUUACAAAUUCAAAAGAUUACAAGAUAUGUCUGAUGCAAUAUUUGAAGAGAUGAUAUCUAGAAUGAGAGAUGUUAUCACAGAAGAUAGAAAGCAAAAUAUAGCGAUGGUUAAAAUCCUCAAAGAGGAUGUACAGGCUGUGGUCGACUUUAACGCGAGGAGAGCCAAAUAA